AGAAUAUACCUAUACAGUUCUUCCUAUUAGUAUAGGAGCUAGCAGCGUUUUCGAGAGAGAAUUUCAGUUCAGCUAAUUUUUUGAUAUGUCGUUUGUUCUUGCUCCUUCGGUUACAGCUUGGUACCUGGUUACCCUUAAACGAGAAAGAAAAAGCUUGGCAGUUAAUUCUUGAUGAAUAUAAUUCGUCAAGUAUUAUUUCAGAGAAGAGGUCUAUUACACAACUUAAAAAACUUUGGUCCAAUUUAAAAUUGAUGCAAAGGAAUGCUUUAACUAGAGAAAAACAACAGCGACUUUCAACCGGAGGAGGUCCAGCCGUUAUGGAUGCCGAAAUUGAUCCUGAUGCUACUAUCAUUGCUCCGAAUGUGAUGAAAACAGCACCAACUUUGUUUUCGUCUAACAUGUUGGAAGAAGAAGUUGAAGUUACACGUGAUUCCAUAAAUAAAACGGAACGUUUAGAAGAAUUGUUGAAUAAUAAUAAUGAUAGCUUAGAAGAUGUACAAACAGAAGAGAAUUCUUCUGAGCCAUCAACGUCCCGUGGAAUUAAGAGACCAUUAAGAGAAACUUCAAAAUCAAGCAAAAAAUUUCGUAAUGAAAAUAUAAAUUCAGAAGAAAACAACUUACGAUUGUACCGACUGCAUCGAAUUAUUCAUCAUAAAAAACAAUUAUUUUCUUUAAAAUUUAAAAAUGAACAAGAAAUGCAUGAUUUAACCAUCAGUCGUAUGAGACGCAAAUUUAAGUUAGAAAUUCGAGCAGCCAAAGCAGCGGCUGAAUUGGCUGAGUUAAAGUUACGAAAAGAGCAUAAUAAGGAUUCAAAUAACGAUUUGUAGAUGUUCAACUUCAACUUCUUCUUCCAACACAUUAGAUGAAAAAAAAGUUGGUGCUGUUUUCAUCAAAUUCGGAGCAAUGAUAGCAACAUCAGGAUCAAUUUCGGCAUCCUUAACCCUUUCGCUACGGAAGUGUUCUCCGUCGGAGUGACGCCGUUGAACGGGCCACUGUGCCGCCGGAGUAGCUGCACUGAACGGAGCACUA